CUGGAUUUUAUUUAGAGGUGUCAGAGUGAAGGGGGAUAUAGACAAAUGCGCUUUUCAGAUUUUGUUUAUUAAAACAAAUAUUUUUACCUCAAAAUCAUGCUCUAUCAUAAAUAAAGGGUUGGUCGUUAUAGACAAGCUGUGGACAGUUCUGAGAGGCACCGUAACUGCAACAAAACUUACAUAAAAACUGGCUGAGGUUUUGGGUUAAAGGUUUUCUAAAAUUAAUUAGACUGUGAAAAGACGCGCUGAAACAUUCCUCCUUUCCCAUCAGCCGGGAUCUCAGCGGUGGCUGUGGGAACUGCACGGAGUGGAAAAAGGAGGAGAGAGGAAGUUCUCCCAAACUUUUUUUCUCCCUGGAAGGACUCUGGAGACGUUCCGUUAGAUUUCCAGAGGAGGAGGUUUUGAUCAAGAAAGGCUUAUACCUCUGUAGGCAUAAAGCGGACUAGGAAGUCACAAGUUUGUUCCUCCUUUUUCUUUCUGUCUCCACACCUGAAAGCCGCGAUAAGGAGACACGCGUGUUUUUCUCUUUCUCCUGAGUGCGUUUUGGUUUCUUCCCAGCCUGGGGGGACUUAGCACCAUCAGAGGCGAUGAGAUGUGAGUGAGCUAUGCCUUGUGGAAAUGGACAGACUUUAUCCAAGCGAGAACAUGGCGUCUGCGUCCCAAGGUAUGGCUUCUUUCCCGGUCUGCUUGUGGCGCUCUGCUGUCUGGAGGUGUGGGGCUCCGGGCCGCACGGAGACGGCCGCGGCAGCUGCAGCCCUUGUCCCGUUAACUGCAGCUGUGCGCCGGCGGGGCCCCAGCGGCUCUGCGUCGUUAACUGCUCCAGCAUCGGGCUAGAAAGGGCCCCAACGGCGGCUGAGUUUCCGUUGACCGUCAACGUGAUAGAUCUGUCCAAGAACCACAUCUCCUCCCUUGAUACCAGCCUGCUAGAUCAUCUCACAGGGCUCCAAGAGCUGUACCUUCAAGGAAACAGGAUCAACGUUUUCCCCAGCGGAGUGUUCUGUUGUGGGCCGCUGUCUGUUCUAGAUUUGAGCAGCAAUCAAAUUACCACCAUAGAAGAAAGGAUAUGUGACAACUUAUGUAACCUGACACAAAUCGAUCUAAGCAAUAAUCCCUUUGAGUGUGACUGUAAGCUGAUCCGGUUGGUGAGGUGGCUUCAGGAAAAAGGAGUCCAGGUUCGACGCCCACAUGCCAUGCUCUGCAACCACCCCCCUGCGCUCCACCAACAGCCUUUGCUCAACAUUAGCCUGCAAACUUGUGGUCUCAGCUACGCCGCUUGUCUCGAGGAUAGCAGCAGUCGAGGAGGAGGUCGAAGUGAGCUGGUGAUCUUCACGUACUCCAAGCCUGGGAACUACACACGUGAACAGUGUAACAGCGUGUGUUUCGGUUUGUCGCACCUCUAUGGGGGCUUGGGAGAAAGGCUUGAGUGUCUCUGUAGCACAAACAACGAGCCCAACUUCAUCAGUGGAUCUCACUGUUCGGCUGCCUGUACUAAUCGCCAUGUGAUGACGGAAUGUCGGUGGACUCUGGCCCGUGAUGUGUUUGCGGUGGAGUUCUCUGUCUCGCUGAGGCCUCUCCCACUCCAGAGCGUGCACGACCUCAUCAUUUUGUCCGCCACCUCCUCUGUCACCCCCUUGACCCUUUCCUGGAACUUCGGUGAUCUAUCGCCUCGGGUCAACACUACGGAAAUGGGUGUCACCACAGCAGCUCACAAGUUUGCAAUUCCAGGAUGUUACAAAGUCAGUUUGAAGGCCUGGGCUGGACACAAGGAGGUGUCUGCACGCACAGACGUGACUGUGGCUCUUCCUCCCAAACUGGAGCUGCACUGUCCAUCGUUCGUUGUGGCCAACAGGAGUCUGGAGGUCACACUCGUCAACUGGGGUGGUAUUGGCUUAGAUGUGAACUGGACAAUUUCAAAGAACGAUGUCCAGGUUGCCAAAGCCUUCCCGGACUGUCCGCCAAGAGAAGGGGUGUUACACAGCAAGUCCUCAAGCUGUUUCCAGAUCUUUCCAGAGGAGCUGAGCUGGAAGGAUGCUCGACAGCAGUGUUUGAGCCGCAAUGGGGAUUUGGCUGUGGUUAGGAGUGAUGAACUGUGUAACCUGUUGGCACGCAAAGUCACACAGGAGCGAGGCGUGUGGCUAGGCUUGAGCGACGUCGACUCUCCAGGUAAGCUGCAAUGGGUAAACGGGUCAGAGGCUCUGGAGGGGGAGGAGGGCCAGCCGCACCGCUCUUCAAUCUCUCGUGGAAACGUGUGCGUAUCCUUUGAUCAGAACGGUCAGACCAGCUCACACCUCUGCGACUCCAAGAGGGCCUAUGUCUGCCAAUACAAUGCCCAAGUACGUGUUCCAGAUGCCGGAGUUUACAUGUUGGGCAUGGCAGUCUUUCCUUCCCACCAUCCAUUGCAUCAUUUGUCAGCCUCUCUGCUCACUGAUCCACAACCUCCCCGCAGUGCCAUAGAGAUGCUGUUGUUUCCUGCAAUGAGCUUUGUCCAGGCAGGCCGUCUGUCCUCUUUGGAGAUUGUCACCCAGGAACUAAGUUCACAAAUCCACAUCAGAUUCCAGACCUACAGACCCAAAUGCCCCGGCCAGCACCUGCUGCUUCCCAGUUGUGGAGGUCCAGCUUGCGCUUCAGUUGCUGUUUGUGCACCCGGCCACACGUUGACCAAAUAUCCGCCGUCAUGCCCCGCGGCAGAGCAGUGGUGUCCUUUCCAGGGACGUUGUCUGGCCCUUUCCAAUCCAUGCCACCCAUCUUCCUGUACUAACUGCACCCGAGGUCACCACCUGCCACCUGGGACAUCGAGGCCCCAGUACACCUUAAAGAAUGAAAUUGUCUUCACUCUCCAAGCAGGACCAGCACAUGUACUGAUUCAAGACCAACUGGAGGACAUUCUGGUCUCACCUGGUGAUGUAAUCGCUCUACAGCACAAUGGUGGCCCAUCAUCUCUUCUCCGGUGUCAGUCCUCUCCACAGUCACCGUGGCAACAGCCUGUCUUAGCUCUGAAUUUAUCGGAGUGGUUCUGGAUGAACAACACCAGACAGUCCGCAGAUUUCCCAGAUCUGAACGUGGAGAAUUUUGUGAAGAAUGGGGAGGGAGGCUGGUUGGAGGAAGAAAUUUGCUUUAUCAGAGUCCUGUAUGUGGGACAAAACAAGACCCAGCUGCAGGGAUCCCAGCUGUCUGCUGGUCUACCCCUGCCUGGACUCUACAGCCUGCUGGUUUCCACCACUGAGCCAUCAUACCCGUCUUCAGCAUCGUGUCCUCUCCGAGUUGUACCUCCCCUCGGUUUGACGAUCCUCCACCCUCCACCGAAUAACGGCACCCUCUACAUGCAGCCCAACAACACCCGGCUUGUUCUCCGCGUGCAGUCUCACUAUGAGACGAGGGUAUCUCGGCGAGGCAGCGAUCAUAGUGUGACCUUCCAGUUAGAAUGCCCCGCUGAGUUUUUGUCCAGUCCAACUGUCUGUGAGCCUGGGUGGACCUCAGGGUCGGCAAUCGAAGUCUCAGAGCCUGUCUUGUAUGCGGUACUAGAUCUAAGUCUAAGAGAUGAGGAACAUAAAGGUCCAGUGCAGGUGGAGCUGGAGGCCCAUAAUAAUGUGACAGAAGCCAGCCUAACCGUGGUUGUCCACCUGGAAGAACCACUCCAAGGCCUGGUGGUGCAGCCAGACCCAGAACACAGGGUCCUGAUGGAGUCAGUUGUGAGCUACACUGCAUUGGUGCUUAAAGGUUCUAAUCCAACAUUCAAAUGGACUGUGGAUGAUAAGCCCUACUUCACCUACUUCAACAGUGUUCUCAACGUGAUCUACCAGAAUGCUGCCAUCUACAAGCUCACAGUGACAGCCACGAACCACGUCAGCACACUGACGAGGCAUUUCAACAUAACCGUGGACCGACUGCAGGCAAUGACUAACCUUACAGUGAAGGGAGUCCCGGACGUGGUCCCGCAGGGGUCCAAUCAGACUCUCACCACCUCUGUGCUUGUGGACAUGUCUGUGCCAGCCACCUUCCGAUGGUCUUUUGGUGACGGCGGAUAUGAGGAAUUUGAGUCAAAGCCUCCGUAUUCUCCUUCUCUCCUCUGUCCGGUCUCCCCUGGUCAAAUUCUCCUGAGCAAAAACAUCACCUAUAUCUACUCUCAGCCAGGUAUUUACACAGCGCUGGUGUCUGUAUCCAAUCGCUACGAGAACGUCAGCCAGAGCAUCAACAUGAGCGUCUACAGCAUCCUGACCCGUGUUGACAUACAAACAGAGCCACAGUUCCUGCUUGCGGGCAAAUCGGCCGACUUUGAGGCCCAUCCUCUUCCCUCACCUUAUGGCAUACACUACAACUGGAACUUUGGGGAUGGCUCCGCCCUCAAACAAGGUCGUCGUGUGGCGCACACCUUCUCACAGAGCGGUGUCUUCAACGUCUGUGUAUCAGUAAACAAUACCAUCAGCUUCACAUCGGCCUGCACAGAGAUAUUUGUGUACGAGGAGAUCGAGGACCUAACAGCUCAAAGCUCCUCUCCUACAGAGCUCCAAAGCCCCACCACAGUGUGGGCGCACCUCGGUUCUGGUAACAACAUCACAUGGAUGUUCUCAAUGGGGGACGGCAACAGCUACACUGCAUCUGAACCUCGCAUGUCGCACCACUACAUCAAAGAGGGCAACUACACAGUAAAUGUGACCGCCAUGAAUGCAGUGAGCUCCGGCUGGACGCUGCUGACGGUUCACGUGUUCGUCUUCCAAGUCAUAAGAAUGGAGCCUUCGGUAUGUGUCCAGGAGCGGACCAAAGUCAACUUUCAGGCCUGGGUGUCUGGUAAUGCAACGAUUCACCUAUAUCAGUGGAGUUUUGGGGAUGGAAGCCCCAAUGAGACACAUCAGGGCAACCCCACCAUCUCACACACCUACCAGUCGAGUGGAAACUACAACCUCUCUUUGCUCCUUUCCAGCGGAGUCAACAAGGCCACCAAGGCCAAUUUUAUCAACCGGGUGUGUGUACAGCCAGCUUUGACUAACAUCAGCUUCGUUCCUGAAAAAUCACACUAUGCAGUUGGGGAGGAAGUACAUUUCAAAGUGACUGCUGAGCCAGCGUUCAACUACAGCUAUCGGUGGGACUUUGGUAGAGAGGAAGGUCCAUUUCUUAUCCAUGGCUCUGGAAAUGUUUUAACAAAGUAUAAAAAGCCAGGUCAUUAUUUGGUAACUGUUCAUAUUUUCAACAACAUCUCUGCCAAUAAUGCUAAUGCUGUUAUUGACGUCCUGGUGCCCAUUGGACCAAUCUUGAUUCGUCACAAUGGGACAAAGCACAAUAACCUGUCACGAGGAUUUCCGUACACUUUCACAACUUCUUCCCUGGCCUCUGAUGUCACUUACAGCUGGAGUUUUGGAGAUGGAAAUGUGCUUACAGGCCAGAGUAUCCUCUAUACAUACAAUGUGUCUGGGAACUACAAUAUUACAUUGAAAGCUGCCAAUAGUGUUAGUCAGAAUGAGACUGUUUUACUGGUUACUGUGCUCGCACCGAUCCUGAGACUGAAAGUCAACGCCAGCUUAGUAAAUGUCCCUCUGAAUUCCUCGGUCCACUUUGAGGCCUACAAGGAGGAGGGAGAUGGCGUACACUACUCUUGGAUUCUGUGUGACCGCUGCACCUCAAUCCCAGGGACACACAACAUGUUCUACACCUUUCGCUCCAUUGGCACCUUCAACAUCAUUGUGAUCGCAGAGAACGAUGUCGGAACAGCGCAUGCAAGCAUCUCUUUGUUUGUGCAACGGGAGCUGGAGGGUCUGCGGAUUUUGGCCGAAGACAUCAAAGGAGGUGGAAGCACGGCGCUGGAAAGCUGUUGCUAUGCAACAAACAGUGUUCUCCACCUUCAAGCGGGAUUGAAGGAGGGCACCAACAUGACAUUUAGUUGGAACGUUGUCAGAGAGCUGGAUCCUGACAGCUCAUUCAAUGUAAGUGGGAAAAUGGUGGAGCUAAUCUUCUCAAAGCCAGGACCCUGUGACAUCUCUCUACGAGCAGAAAACCUCCUGGGUCAGCUUCUGGUCAACAAAACCAUAUAUUUUGUUGAACCACCUGCAGGUGUUUCCCUAAUGAUCAGCAACAACCCAGUUGCCACUGGAGUUUCAACAAACCUGACUGUAGAGAUUGUGAAAGGCUCAGAUCUGAAGUAUCGGUGGUCUAUAGAUGGAAGGAAUCUACAGUGCACCGAACCCUGGUUGACCUACACCUUUAAUAGUCCAGGCAUAAAACAAGUUUCUGUGGAGGCCUUUAAUGAAGUUAGCUCAGAGAUCACAUCAAAGGUCAUCCACGUCCAAGAUAAAAUCUCUGGGUUAAGUUUCUCUGGACACAAUGACCAGGAUCAGAGUUUCGUGGAAACCGGAGUUGGCAUCUCUUUGGAAGGGCAGGUGAAGACGGGAACUGAUGUGAGGUGGAUGUGGCUGGUGGACGGAAGAACUAGAUCAGGUCGGCAAACCUUCCUGAAUUUUACUGAGCCAAAAACGGCCAUCGUUACUCUGAACGCCACCAAUGACGUUAGCAGUGAAGCGUUUUCCAGAGAGUUUAUUGCUCAGGAUGGAAUUAAGGUGGAAUUGAAGGCAAGUAAGAGCUUGGCAGCAGUUAACGAAAAGGUGGAGUUCACCCCUCUUCUGAUGGAGGGUACGGACGUCACCCUGAUCCUCAUCUUCAGCAACGAUGCCAAAAUCUACCCUCAGCCGAACAAAACCUAUACUCACGCCUUCAGCAGGGUGGACACCUACAUGGUGAAUCUGAUUGCUUACAACGAGAUCAAAUAUAUUAGACACAACCUCCAGAUUGAUGUGAUGGAGCCGGUGAGUGGGCUUUUCAUCCAGGGAAUCAGCCCAGCCAUCCCUGUGGGAGUGAAGAGGUUGUAUGUGGCCGACAUCGUGAUGGGCAAACCUGUUAGUUUCCUGUGGACAUUUGACUUGAACCACCUCAAAACCACAUACGUACAUUGCAAAGAGGUGCACUACACUCCAGAAGAACCAGGCCGCUUGAUCAUCUAUCUGAGCGCUUUCAACAACAUGCAUAGUCAGAACAUCACCGAGCGCAUACUAGUGCAGAACCUGAUGAAGUCUGCUGACCUCUAUGCAGUGCCGCAGGAUACUUUUAUCAACAAGACAGUCACUUUGAUGGCCUCUAUCACUCCCAAAUCCAGCCCCGUGGACUGCUUGUGGGACUUUGGGGACGGCUCUGUGACAGUCCACAGCAACACCACCACUGUGCACAAGUACAGUCAUCCAGGACGCUACCUGGUUCAGGUAAACUGUAGUAACCUGGUGAGCUGGGUCUUGGCCCAGGUGAAGGUAAACAUCAGAGUUUUAGAGUGCGAGGAGCCUGAAGUGCAAAUCUCUCAGUCCCGCCUGGUUAUCUGGCGUUCCCAGCCUAUUUCAGUGGAAGCUAGUGUGGACUUAAAGGGCUGCCUGCGCUACGGAGCUCAGUACCUCUGGCAGGUGUUCUCAGAGUCCUCCUGUGAAAAUGAAAUAAUGAAAGAGAGCCCUUUACCCCCUGGACUGGAGUCUCAGUUUCCUCCCAGCAAAGAGGUCCGCCUGCCUGUGGAGGUGGAUUUGCGGCGGCUACACCUGCUGCUGCCAAAGAUGGCUUUGGCAGCAGGGAACUACUGCUUAGUGUUUUUUCUGUCAUAUGAAGGCGUGCCGCUAAGGAAAGCUGCCUGUCUGCAACUCACUAUCAUGGCUGCUAAGCUGAAGCCCAUUAUCGAAGGAGGAACCCACCGGGUGUGGUCCAGAACGCAGGACCUGCAGCUCAGUGCAGAGCAAUCCUAUGACCCCAACAUGGACCCAGACAGCCAGUCUCUACUACAUUACGUCUGGGAGUGUGAAAGUACCUCUAAGGGUCCAGAGCACUGUGCCAGCCUGAACUUUGGCCUUGGCUUGAGCGAUCCCGUGUUGGGAAUCUCCUGCUCUGAGUUGGAGGCAGGUGUUGAGUACACUUUCAAACUAACUAUCAGCAAAGAUGGCAUGGCACCAGAGUCCACCACUCAAACUGUUCUUGUGCAGAGUGGCCACAUUCCCAUGGUGUAUCUGGAGUGUGUGUCCUGUAAGGCCCAGUCCAUUUAUGAGGUCAGCCAGAACUCGUACGUCUUCCUUAGAGGAACCUGCACCAACUGCCAGGGCUUUCACCGAGGGCGUUGGAGCGCCAUGACGCUGCACAAUGAGACUCUGGUCCUGGACUCCUCCUCCACUACCACAGGGAGCGAUGGCUUGAACCUGGUGUUGCGACAGGGUGUCCUGAGGGACAAAGACUCUUAUAUCUUCACGCUGCAUGUGACUGACAGCAGUUUGGAUGGUGAGGGAGCUGCCUCCAUUAUACUGCACCAUAACAUGCCCCCAGAAGGUGGGGAGUGUCACCUGACAGGAGCAGGGGAGGCGGGAAUACUGUACGGUGAGGGGGACGGAGAAGGCUGGAGGAUUCAGACGUUGCUGGACCGAGUCCACUUCAAUUGCUCAGGUUACACUGAUCUGGGGGUCUCAGAAACCCCCUUGCUGUACAGCCUGCUGGUGACGCGCUGCAGAGAAGACUCCUGUGAGGAUUUCUGCAUUUACAAAGGCAGCAAUCCGGAGCACUCUGCCUUCCUACCACCGGGCUUCCGCUCAGCCCAACACCGUGUAUCCGUAUCAAUCACAGUGGAGGACCACCAGGGAGCUGCCAACCUCGCACUUAAUAAGACCAUCCAGGUUGUGUUGCCAGAUCUACCCCCUGAGUACAGUAGUCUUCCUCACUGGCUGUCUGAGAUCACUGACACCAAACUGAAGAAGCUGUUAGAACAGGGCGACUCUCAAAGGGUCCGAGAGUUAUCGCUGGCUCUCAUUACAGUGCUAAAUGAGUAUGAACAAACCAGGGUGUCUUCACGGGUGUCCCGACAUGAGCGUGACUACAGAGUUAGAGUCCGCAGCAACAUCACCAGAGCGCUGACUGCUCUAGACCUGAAUACCGUCAGCGACAUCCAGCAGACGUCUGCCGCCUUGGCACAGUGCACGGCUGUGAGUCGGGGGUUUAUCUGUGAGGAGUGUCAGAACAGCACUCUAAACAAGCUGGAGUCCAUGCUUGAGAUCCUGCAGACGGACACCAAGCAGGGCACGGUCCCCCCAACUGAGAUAGCUGAUAACAUCCUUCACAUCAUGGGUGAUCUGAUCCAUCAGGUCAGCCAGUCAGCCUCCCAAUUUAACUUCCAGACUGCCCGUGUGGAUGCUCCUUCUCCCUCCUCCACCUCCUCCUCUUCCUCUUCAUCUGUUGAUUAUGGAAACCACCUGAUAGACGCCCCACCCUCCUCACUGGAACCUUACCCUCUGCACGUGGCAGCAAAGGCCUACAGCCUUUCCUCUGUCCUCAUGCUAAUCCUGAUGCACGCCCGGGUGCUCAACGAGGAACCUCUCAUCCUCAGAGGGGCUGAGAUAGCCGCCACAGGAAAACUGGCCGACCCCCAGAGUCUCCUCUGCUACCAUGGCAACAGCAGCCCAGAAUGCCAACGGUUCUCCAUCCCUCGAGCUUUCAACCAAAGUCUUGGCAGAGCUGCUGUAGGAAACAGCAUCUUGCAGCUACUUUUUCAGGUGGAGUCCAAUCCCUUCCCCUUCAAUUACAUCUCCAAUUACGCCGUCUCCUCCGAGGUGGCGUCCAUGGAGUUUCGCACCGAAAACGGCACACAUAUCCCGAUCUCUGGGCUCGACGACAGCAUGGCCAUCACUGUUGCUAUUAACAAUAGCAGGAGCAGCGGGGAAGCAGGCGCUGGGGGUCCUGGCACUGCUGGGGUCCCCUCAGCCAGAGCGGUAAACAUCAGCCGCUGUGACUCUGUGGUGGUCAGGAUCAACGCAGGAAACAGCAACAGACAGGCGGGCCUGUUUGUGCAGCUCAACUUCACCUCUGUAGAAGAUGCAAACAAAAGCACUGAAGGCAAAAAAGGGGAGGAGGAGCCGUUCCUGACCGCCUACCUCCAUUCCCAUGAGCAACCCAGCGAGUUCAACUGCACGGAAAGGAAGCGGAUUACUCUCAGCAUGACCAGAGGGCCGGACCACAAGAAAUACACCUUCUUCCUGUCACCAGAGUCCUAUGACACCACUCAGAAUUACUUCAUCAAUGUAAGCACACCGUGCAGCCCUGAUUCUCAGCCUGCUACCGUUCGCCUGGAGGUCAGGGUAUUUGCCGCUCUCUGUCAAUACUUCAGUGAAGCCGAGAAGCAGUGGAGGACAGACGGCAUGGUCCCCCUGGCAGAGACCAACUUCAGCAGAGCUGUCUGUCGCACCAGACACCUCACAUCCUUUGCCGUAGGCCUGUUUGUACCGACCAACGCCGUUAGCUUUAAAAUGCCAGAUCGUUCAGGUGCACCAAGCCUGAUUGUGCUGCUGGUGUGUUUACUGGGCUUGCUGAGCUACGUUGUGGCAGCAGCCAUCUUGCACAAGUUGGACCAGCUAGAUCUACGCCGAGCAGGUGUGGUUCCUCUCUGUGGCCAAAACGGGAGCUUCAAAUACGAGAUCCAAGUCAAAACUGGCUGGAGCCGAGGGGCAGGUACGACGGCUCAUGUAGGAAUCAGCCUGUAUGGACGCGAGAGCCGCAGCGGACACCGUCAUCUUGACAGCAAAGGAGCUUUCGCCCGCAAUGCUCUCGACAUCUUUCACAUCGCCACGGACGCCAGCCUGGGCAGUGUGUGGAAGAUCCGGAUUUGGCACGACAACAAAGGCCUGUCUCCAGCAUGGAUGCCGCAGUACGUGUUGGUCAAAGACCUGCAGACGGAAAGCAGCUACUACUUCUUGAUUGACGAGUGGCUGUCAGUUGACAAUGAAAGAACCGGUGGACGGGUGGAGAUUGAAGUGGAGGCCACAGAGGAGGCUGUGCUUCAUCAGCUGCCCCGUCUUUUGAGGUCUGAGCUGCAAAGGGCGCUGUGUGAGAGUCACCUUUGGCUGUCUCUGUGGGAGAGGCCCCCCCGCAGCCCCUUUACCCGCCUGCAGAGAGCCACAUGCAGUGCUGUGCUGCUGCAGCUUAUCCUGCUGGCAAACACCCUGUGGUACAGUACGGUAGUGGACAAAAGAUACAGCCAGAGGGCAGCGUCCCAGCAUUCCUCACUGAACGGAGAGACGCUAGCAGCCGGUGUGGUGGCCUGUCUGGUCGUCUACCCUCUCUACCUGCUGGUCUUCACAGUAUUCAGAAUGAGCCGCAGCAAGUCUGUGACCGUGGAGCAGGUGUCAUCACACAUGGAUCAGGAGUCGGUGGAAAUUGAUGACUUCCUGGACAACUCUAUUGGAGGAAGUUCUUUCUUGUUUUUUAACGGAGAGUCCAACUCAGAGGAAACAAACAUGGAUCUGCCAUCUCCAUCUAUCAAAAGCGAGGACACUUGGGACAUGCCAGAGGAGGAUACAGACGACGAGGACUGGCCGGAGCUGAUGAGUAACGAAUUGGUGGUGGGAGGGACCAGACACGGGGCAGGGAUGCCCAGGCUCAAGAGGGUGAAGGGAAGCAGGUACCUGGGAGAUGAUAUGACCCUGAACCCUGAGGAGGAUGAUGGAUCUGAUCCGGCCAACAAACAUUUCACCUCGUCAGACGAGGAUCUGAUCAAACACAUCUUGGAAGAUGGGCAGAACUUCUUUCCUCAGGCAGAUGAGAGUGAGAUGGCCGACCUUUCAAGUAUUUUUGGGGACAAGACAGAAGUGAUUCUCCUUCAGAAACUGAGUGAACCUCUUACACUAGAAUCCAUCAGGAGGGAUCCACCAAAAACAGCUUUCACAUCAAAUACAGUUGUAACCGAUGUGUGUCGUCCCCGACGGUACCCUCCCUGGUGUGGACAGGCAGCGCUGUGGGGCAGCUGGGCGGGAAUCGCUCUGGCCAGCUGUGUUUCUAUUUGGGCGGGCUAUGGGUUCAGUGAGAAGGUGGCCAUGAUGUGGUUAAUCUCCUGCUUCACCAGUUUCUUGUGCUCCUGUCUGCUGUUGGAGCCAAUUAAGGUGCUAUGUGAGGCUGUUUACUUCGCUGUGUGUGUGCGCCGCCUGCGUCCAGAGGACAGCGACGUGCUGGUGGAUUACCCUCGAGAGGAACGAGUGGUCCAGAGGGUCACCAGGGUGAGACCGCCACAGGGCUUCGCUCUGUCUCAGGCCCGACACCAGGCCCGCAAGGUCCACAUGCUGCACACAAUGCUAAAGAACUUCCUGGUUUACAUGUUUUUCCUGCUGGUUGUCCUGCUUCUCAACUACUCUGACUCGGCGAAAGAGACGCACAGUUUCAGACUGAGGAUUCAGCUGCAACAAGCCCUACACACACCUGAACACCACACUGUCAGCAGACGAGAUGACGUUUUGGCCUGGCUUAAUGGAUCUUUGCUGCCUCGGCUCCUGGAUGAAGCUUCACUCCUGAGAGACACAGGAAGCGUGCUGCUCGGCUCUCUGAGGCUCCGACAAACCCGUGACACACAGGCUGCUGGUGGUUUCAGACCCAGAGAACGAUCACCUCCCUUGGUUACAUCCCCGACUCGGGCCACAGAGAAUGCCUCGGUCAUUGGUGCGAUCCAUACAGAUUGGGCUCAGAUGGAGGAGUCUGGCAGCGGAAAUGUGGUUCACCACUUCAACAGAAGCCUGAAGGAGGCCUCUUCCUCUCUACAGGAGCUGCAGCAGCUGCACUGGAUCAAUCACAGGACUCGGGCCAUGAGUGUGGAGUUCUCCCUCUACAACAUCAACACAAACCUGCUGGCUGUUUUCAGGUUUCUGUUUGAGUUCCCAGUUUCUGAGCGUGCUCAGUCAAGCCUGGAGCUCCUGGUCCUCACUUUGUGGCCAAUCACAGGCCUGGACCUUCAGCUACUUCUCACGAUGGUCCUCCUCUCCCUGAUCUUGUAUUUCCUGGUGCGAGGGAUCCUGGGGUUUCUUAGAGAGGGCUACAGGUACCUCUUGUCAUCAUGGAGACUGCUGGGUAUAUGUAAGCUAUGUCUGGGAGCAUCUGUGUGUGGGCUACACCUGAGCCGCUCCGUCAUGGCCAGGCAGCAGUGGAUGUUGUUUCUGAAGCAACCCCGGGACGCCUUUACGGACUUCUACCCGCUGGCCAGGCAGAGUCAGCUGUACACCGUCAUGUCUGCCAUGCUGCUGUUCAUUCUGGUGCUAAAGGCGUCGCACCAGUUGCGUUUUCUUCGUGAGUGGGCCGUGUUCGGCAGAGCCCUGCGGCGCUCGGCCUGGGAGCUCCUGGGAGUCGCCUCGGCUCUGCUGCUGUUGCUCCUGGCUUACUCCCACACAGGACACCUGCUCUUCCACUCUAUGCUGGAUGGUUACGGCAGUGUGAGCUCCGCCUGUCUGUCUUUGUUGGGUGCUAGUGCGAGAGGCCUUUUAUCGGGGCUCCCUAACCCAACAAUGACCGGUCCCUCCUACACAGUCUCCUCCCUGAUGUUCCACAUGACGUUCUCCGUUCUCCAGCUGGUUUUCCUGUGGUUGAUUAUCUCUGUGCUGCUGAGGAACUACCGGCGCGCCCGAGCAGAGCUGUACCGCCCCGCUGUGGAUCUUCAAGACUACGAGAUGGUGGAGCUGUUCGUCAGACGACUCAAAAUGUGGAUGGGACUCAGCAGGACCAAAGAGUUUCGUCACAAAGUGCGUUUCGAAGGCAUGGAACUCCCUCCAUCCCGUUCAUCCUCCACCAGCGACUGUAAGUCCCUGUGUCUGCCUCCGCUGGACAGUCCAGACUCCCCGCCCACCCCGGACAGCGUCGAUGCCGGCUCCGAGGCCUCAUGGCGUCCAGCCUCUUCGAGCCCCUGCAGCCUGACGGAGGCUCCCGGGAUCAGCCUCGGGCUGGGCCUGGGUCUGGGUCUGGGUCUGGGGCUCGGCCCAGGAGUGGUGGUUGGUGGAACGAGCUGGAGGGAGAGGGCAGAGACAGAGGCGUCUCUGAGGAGGCUGCUCCCCACCUUGGAUGCUCUCCUGCAACAGCUCGACCGAGUCAACAUAGCGACAGAGGACGUUUACCACAUUGAAUGCAGGCUGGAGCGAGCUCAGAGGAAAAGGAGGCGCAAUAGGAGAGAGAGAGGAGACGGUCAAGACGAGAGAAGUGAUGGGAAACAGAGAGGGAAGAGGGAGGGCAAGGAUGUGAAAGAACGAAAGACUGGAAAAGAAAAGCACACCAGGGGGAGAAAGGAGAAAAAGGGGGAUAAAAGCAAACUUCCAAAAGACACUUCUACCAAGAAGACUCCUGUUCCCACACCUGUUCCCUUUUCAAAACCAAGACCUACAUCAGCCUCUACACAGCCCCCCACCUCACAAUCAUCAAUCAAAUCUUCAGUCAGUGCACCUUCUCCCACAUCAGUCACAGAUAAACCCACCACUGACCUCUCCCGAAAGAGCUCUUCCUCUCUCCACAACCCACCCUCCAAAACCUCCUCCACUCCCUCAUACCCCCGAGCACCCACGCCUUCCCUGCCGACUACCCAUGGCUCCACACCCAUUAAUAACCGAGACCGGGAUACCCAGACAGAAAGAGAGACCCUCCCCUGCACAAGUCUGUUCAACCACCCAGCUCACACUACAACCAUCCCCACAAGGAAGAGGAAACGGAAACCCCCACCCCUGAAAAACAAGGUGCACCCCACUUAGCAGAAUGUUCCCAAACCUUCAGGAUCGAAGGGCAACUAGAAGAGGAAUGUAGAGCUGGAGAACGUAGGGGGGAAACGUUGGGUUAAGGACAAGAGGAAAAGGAGGACAGCUGGUCUUGUCCCCAGAUGAACCUCUUUAAACCCUGGGAGAGAAGAGAAACCAUUGGAUUGGCAAGAGAUGAGAAAAUAGUGUAAAGACAGAAUAAUUGAGAAGAUUGUUUGGGAAAAUUCAGGAUAAUCAGGAGCAUAAGAAUUAGACCUUGGCUCACGCUAAACCAUGGUGCGGGUCACCGGAUGCUAACUAAUCUGACUGAUUAAACUUCUGUGUGUAGUUGUCCAUAAACCCUGCCACUUCCCCGUUGUCAUGUCAGCCCGAAGGUCCCAUGGCGCUGUGACAGGAGCACAGAAACGUGCUCACCAGAUGACUCAAUGAGCUGACAGCAGACUAUUCAGCCACACUUUUCUGUAUAUUUGAUUCAUCACUCAGUGUUGUCUAUCUUUAUUUUCUUAAAUGUAAAAUUUUGGACACCGAGGGUGCGUUCAAACCAUCCUGGAACCAAAGUUUCCUGCAGGCACGCACAUUGUAAACACCUGUAUAUAACACUGUAGUUACAUAUCAGCAGAUGGAAAUGUGUCGUAUGCUCCGGCCCACUGAGGGACAAGGAAAACCAUGCAGCAAGUGAUGCUGUUGAGAUUUCAGCAGCCCCGUCUUGAAGAUGCUGAUACAGUGCCAGCACAUUUACUAACAAAGAUGUGCAGAAGUCUUAAAGUAAUUUAAUGUUUUACUACAACAGCAUAAUCUCACUCUAAAGAAUUUAGAAAAAAACAAGAUUUAAUUUGACUACAUUUAUUCAGUGGGAAAAAUAUUCCUAUGUACAGAAAUAAUUGUUUUUAAAAACAAUUAUUAUUGGUACUAAACCAAACUAACUAACUGAAAGUCUAAUAUCAAGUAACUAUUAUUAUUUAAAUGAUUCACCUCUAAUAGUUGUCUUGAUUUCAUCAGAUUCCUGUGAAAUCUUGUGUGAAACCAUCUGCACUUAAUGUGAUUACUAUCUGCUCUAAAGGGACAUGCUUCCACAUCCAUUCUUAUCCCGUUCCACAUUAGCAGGGUCGCACAGAAUCCUGCUGACCUUAUGUUCUGGUUGGAAAUGUCAGGCCAGUUUCUUAUCCCUGUGUCGAAGAAACUUCCGCCAGUAGGCUGGGUUUCUCCGAGGAAGGAGAGGGAAGUAACAGAGUUCUGUCAACUGAUGUGUAUGUUUAGAGGGAUGACUCUUUGGGUCCUAGACGAAUCCAGAUAUCAAUAUAACAGCAGAAUAAUGAAAGGGGUUACUUGCAAGGAGUAGUCACUGGAGGCUUCAAGUGGAUAAAAAGAAAGCACAGUCUCUUAGGAGUUAGCACAAAAAACACCUCUACUUAAAGCAUUGAAGACACAUAAAACAGCCUAACUGGGCCCAGAUGAUGAUGUUGGAACUUGUAGAUGGCACAUCUGGCAUAGUUGAAGAUAUAGCGUUGAGAUGGCCAGCUCCAUAACAGAUAAUUAUCUUCUGGAAGUUCUGGUCAUAAAUUGACACAAAUGCGUGGGCACCACCGUCAUCUUAACCCCUAAAAUGAGCAUUAAGAAGUAGGAGACAUUGUUUUUCACACAAUAUCUCAGAAAAUCCUGUUAAGUGGUUGAACAACAAAAAUAACAUGCAUUUAAACAUGAAAACUAUGACUCAUCAUAGUCAGGAAUUUGAAAUUAUUCAAGGAGCACUUCCACAUAAUAAAAUAAAAUACCACAUUUAUUUAACAAUUAUAAUGAAUAAGAGAUUACAUUUUGAAAUGGUUCAAAGAUUUGUGAGAAAAAUCAAAAUGCAGUCUGUGUAUUCAUUUGGAAAAGUUAAGCAUAGAUUAAACCAUGUUUGAUAUUUAUUUUUAAGGGAUUGUAUUUGUGCCACUUUGUAAAAACCAUUUUUUCUUACCUUUUUUGGUCUUUUUUUCCCACCGAAUCAAUGUUCUAAAAAAAAGCUGAAUUAUCAAGAUUUUUUUGAGAUGUACUAUAGUAAUAAUAGAUGAAUGAUUUAUUUGAAGGCUUUUUACACGUUUUUCCCAGGGAUGCCAAUAAGUACGACCUGCGCUGUUCAUGUGAAGGAAGGGAGAUGAGAAGCAGCAGAAGGCUGAGGCAGAGCUGCAGUAAGUGCUAACAGAACAAGAAACAAAGGGAUGGAAAUCAAGGUUAUAUGGAUGGUUUCACCUAAACAUGACUAUUUACACAGGUUCACCAAUUAUAAAGCUAUGCUGACUUCAUUCUGAUUAUCUUUCCUAAAUGUUUGUUGUUUUUGUGUGUAAUAUGGAUCGGAUUUAAAGCACUUUUUUUUUUACUGAUGUGGGUUUUUUUCACUGCGAUGUGACAUAAAGUGAUAAGCUUGGUCUCCAUACCAAAAACAGAAAGCUUCACUCAUACUGUACCUAAUUACUUAACCGUAAGUGCUGCCAAAGCUUUUAAAUCAUUUAUGCAUUUUGAUAUUAUCUAGUCAUACAUUCAUUCAUUUUGUACUUGCACUUUAUUCUGUAAAGGAGAUGAUGUUAAACACCAUAUUUAAUUAAUCGUGUGUCAGGUUAUGAGUACAUUUAUGUUAAGAGGACAUUUCUGUAAGCAUUUCCACAGUGUUGUUCAAGAAGUAGCUUGCAUUUGUUUAUAUGUUUGACAGCUGUUUGAUUUGUUAUAAUUUUGUAUCAGCAUCAACUUCCUGUGGCCAGUGGGCAAAUCUCAGGGAACCCAUCCUUUCUCUCUCUGUUACAGCUGGAGCCAAAUCCAAACAAAUGUGUCCAGUUAAAGAAAAUCCCAUUACUGGUAUUUGUUAUAUAAAAUAUUGAAGGAGCUGCACUGCCUCAAUGUAAAUGAGGGUGAAUGUUCAGUUUUUAAACACCUCUGAAUUGGUGUCCUUUUCACCUUUCAACUAUCCAGCUUUACAGAAACAUCCCUUUUCACUGUGUGUACAAUUUUUGUAUAUAUUUGGGCCUUAGGAUGUAUAUAUUUUAGUUUUUUGUGAUCUGUAUUAUUUGUGCUCAGUGACACACACUUAGGUCAAGCACUGGUGUUGCAAUCUCUAAAGUUUAAGAUUUUCUCUUGUCUAACUGAUCCACAACAGCCAAAACCUAUCCUCUCUUUGUGUACAGAGUGGAAGAGCAUGGUGCCAAAGCUAAACUGUUUAUGUUCUUAUGUGCAGUCUGUUGUUUGAAAGCAUUUGCCUGUGCUUUUUCCCUUGUAUUCAUGCAGUUGUAGCACUUCUCAUGCUUUUGCACUUGACAAAGUCGAAUAAAGUGUUUGACAGCUC